AUCCGAAAAACGGGGGUGUCGGUUGUGUCAUCCGCGGCUUAGAAAACCUAAUAAAUACUGUCUCGUUUCAUCGGGUGGUCCAGUUGUGUAUUAUAUUCUGCGAUCGCAGCAGUUAAAAGCGAAAGCGACAGUGAAGGAGACCUUCGGCGGAGUAAAACCCUUGAUUGUCAUAGAAUACGCGUGAUAUUUGUUGCGUUGCCCGUAUUUCUUCGAACCCGUAAUUGUAACCGGCUUCGCGUUUGCCAUUGACAAUCAGUUCGUAGUGCGGGCGAGUCCUCUGAAAAGUUGCAACUGUUUGGCGAUAAAACACUGCCGCAAACAACAGAGUAGUAACCAUGGCCGACAAUGGAAACAAACGCAACAUCCCAAUCAAACUCGGCGACUUCAGUGUGAUCGAUACGGAGUUUUCUAGCAUUCGCGAGCGGUUUGACACGGAGAUGCGCAAAAUGGAAGAGGAGAUGGCCAAAUUUAGAUCGGACCUGAUGAACCGCGAGUCGACCUUCUUUGAGACCAGUUUCUCUUCCAAAAAGGUUGACUCCUCAUCCAGUACCGCAACUUCCAACGCGACUACCUCAGCGAAACCGCACGCACAAGCGCAAAGUGCGUCGGACAUUAGCUCGCCGUUGAUUCAGGACGAAGGCGACAAUAAGGUGCUGAAGUUGCGCUUCGACGUUAGUCAGUACGCACCGGAAGAGAUCGUCGUCAAGACGGUCGACAACAAGCUGCUGGUGCAUGCCAAACACCAGGAGCAGUCGGACACGAAGUCGGUGUACAGGGAGUACAACCGCGAGUUUCUGUUGCCGAAAGGUUGCAACCCGGAGCUGAUCAAAUCGUCGCUCAGCAAGGACGGUGUGCUGACGGUCGAUGCCCCGUUGCCGCCGCAAGCCUUGACCGCUGGUGAAACUAUGAUACCGAUUGCCCACAACUAAGUAGUUGUUUGCUGCCAAUAUUGUCUUUAGUCUCAUACUUGGAACUACUUUGCUUGAUUUACUUUCUCUUCGGAUUUUUUUUGCUAAUAAUUACUUUGCCCUUUUCUUUUUGUGCGUGAGUGCAUGGGUAUAAGGAUGUACGUUGAGCGGUAUUCUGUGGCAGUUUAUUUUAAUGGAGCCCUGUUCUCGCUCUAUUAAACAUGCUAGGUGGGUCCGCUAGAUCGUUGUUCCAAAAAUUUUUAUUAAGGAUUUCUUUGUAUUUCUGUGUGCCUGUGUGUGUAUGUAUGCGUGUUUUUAAGCAAUUCAACUGGAUGGUGCUACUACCAAUCGGUACAAUCAGGAUCAGGAUCAAUAGUAUCAUUUGUAUUACGUAUAACGACACGCAUUUUAUUUAAUAUUAUCGUUUUACUUAAGAAGGCUUUCGAUAGGAAGUGUAUGGUGGGAGCGCUGUAGUGGAAAGUAGCGUCAGGGUUUAGCUCCACACACUUUUCCCAUUCAGUGUACGAAGAUAACCGCAAUAUACCGCUAGGACGUCAUUACAUAACAUUACAUUACACCCCAGUGCAUCACGAACGCAUUGUCAGAGAUUAACUGCUUGCUGUUUCAGAUAUUGGUAGAUAUUUGUUGGUCGGGAAAGCUGGUGCUUGGCCAAGCCAGGUCAGAAAUCGCAAAAAACUUUUUUUUAUACUUUUAAUUCUUUUUUUUCAUUUUACUUCUGUAUUGCUUCAAUAAACGUGCAACACGCUUUUAACAUA